UCUGUAAUUUCUACUUACAACAGAACGACUGUUGAGUGUUGAUCGUGUCAGUUCUCUUUUCAACCGGGUUCACUCAGCGUACAAAGAGAAAAGGUGAAUACAACUAGUGAGCAAUCCAAUACCAGUCGAGAAGGUUGUCUACCAUCAAUUAGAUCAGCCACCAGAGAUAGUUCAUUUACUCAAGAUGUUGCGCGUUUGCGGUAUCCUGAUGGGUUGUCUUCUAGUGUUAGUUGUGUUGGGCGGAAUAGAAUCGCGCAGUUCGCCAGACACGUUUACUGCAGCAGUUUUACCGGCCAUCGAUCGCAACGAGCUGGAAAGCAACGAUGUACCCGGCAAUGGACCUCCACCGCAUACGGAAUACGCCAAAAUGGCGCGUUAUCUGGUUCACAAGGCGGAGUGGGUAUCUAUGGGAUCAAUCUCCACGGUCGACGCCAUCAAAGGUUAUCCAAUGGUGAACAUCAUAGCCGCAGCUGAUAGUGCACGUGGCGAGAAAUCCACCGGAACUCUGUUCUUCUACCUCACGAUGCUGGACUACACCGCACAGGAUCUGAGCAAGGACAACCGGCUAACGAUUCUGCUGUCGAUGGAUCAGGAUCUCGAGUGCAGCAAGCAAGGCGUUGACCCAAUGGAGCCUACCUGUGCUCGGAUUAUGAUCUCCGGGCGGGCUGUCAGGGUCGAGGAAGGCAGCGACGAGUUCAAGUUUGGUACCAAUGCCAUGUUCAGCCGACAUCCGGCCGCGAAACAUUGGUUGGAUACGCAUAACUUUUUCCUAUGCAAGCUGGAUAUUGUUCAGAUAGCUGUGCUUGACUACUACGGUGGGCCGCACUACGUAACAGUCGAGGAGUAUAUGAAGGCUGAUCCCGACUCUACUUCAUUAGCACCAAGCCCACUUAAAGAUCCAUUUGCACCGAUAGUUCAACAGCAUUCGGAUGACGGAAGGACUAUUACGGUCAAAAUCCAAAAAGACUCUCCGGUUAGACACAUUAAUCUGGAAGUAUAAGUUAUCUAAAACAAUACGCUCGCUUCGUCAUUUGUGCCAAAUAAGAUACCUUUUCUGGGUGUGAAAACUCCAACUACUUAACGCUAACGAACUGAUUAGGGGUAAAUAAAAAAAAAUAUUGA